GGCAACUUUGUCAAUCCAAAGUGAAAUCAAAGAAUAGCUAUUUCAUUUUCAUUAUUUGUCGACAAUUACGUCACAAGAUGGGAACAGUGGUGACUAGACCACUUUGUGGCGAGGUUAAUGAUGUAAAAGCAAUCACACAACCCAAGCUUUCUGAAGAACAGCUCAACUUAUUGGAGAAAUCCUGGAAUUCCAUCAAAGUCAACAUUGCAAACAUCGGUGUUGUCACCUUUAUGAGCUUAUUUCAAACCCACCCCGAGGUACAGGAUGCGUUUUUGCCAUUCCAACAGUUGGCGAAGGAAGACAUGGAAGAAAGCGCCAUCUUGCGGUCACAUGCUCUCCGUGUAAUGGGGACGGUGGAUAAAUGUCUGACUCGGAUUCGGACCCCGGAAAAACUUCAGAAUCUCAUGCAUGAGCUUGGGGAGAGACAUAAGAAUUAUAACGCCAGAUUUGACAUCAUAGAUAUGGUAGGGGAGCAGUUUAUAUUUGCCAUUAAGCCUCACCUUCAGGACACAUGGAACAAUGAUUUGGAGGAGGCGUGGAUACAGCUCUUCAAAGUCCUGUGUUACUUCAUGAAAAAAGGAAUGAGGAGUUUUAACUCCCGCACUAAUUAAACAGGGCACGUGUACAUCGAUAUGAUUGCAAUGCAAAUCAUCACAAAUCAUGACCUACAGAACGAAAUGUAAUAUGACUCUCCUCCUCUAGGAUUCAAAAGGUCCUAUAGAAUAAUGCUAAAAUGGAACACAAUGCUACGAUGAUUCUCUGCAUUUUUAAACAGAACA